GAGUUCAAACCCACGAUGUCCUGAAGAUGGUGCAGUACUCGAAAAAGAACAAGUGAGUGGUUAACAUUUAUAUAUUUAUAUUCUGACAACCUUUAUUCCAUGGUAGGCUCACAUUAUCAGAAGAGUGGUAAUUACAAUCGUGGACGUAAUGCUUGAGACCAUUCCUGUCAACAUUGCGAAGUUAGCGUACGUUGGCAAAACAAAUGUCAUCAACCUUUCUUCCCUAGUUCAAUGUUGUGACCAUCCCCGGAAAAACUUUUGGUAAUUUACCGCGACAUAAGCUCAACAUUGAGUUCGGGAGUGGUAGGUUGUUUGGAUAAAUCACUAGAUCAUUGGAACUGAUUUCCCAUCAGUCUCUGCGAUCAAGUUAUCAGUCCAAUUAGCUUUUAUCACGAUGACGAAUAUCCGCCAUUUUUUGGUGGCAUCCAAUUCUCAUUAACCAAUGCAGACAAUUAAAACAAUGUGAAAAGCAAUUUUUCAAAAUGAACUAACCAUUUACAAAGCAAAUUUAAUUACCAUCAUUUGUCAAAAAAAAUCUAAAAAGUCGCUGUUAUGUGGACUUAUCUCGCAGACUUCCAAAAAUGGCGGCGUGAUGUUGCAACUGUCAUAAACGUGCGUUAGCUGGAUUUGAACUGAGAUUAGCGAACUUUUAAGCAAGCGACAUUUUUGUCAACACGGACGUCAGAUUGCCGAGGGGAGACAGGAUUACAAACUGUGUUUGUAUCAGUUUGUGGUAACCUUCAACACAUAUGACAAAACAUAAAAUUUUUAAAGUUUUUUGCUUCCUUACAUGAUUGAGCGGUAUGAUGCAAAAUGCAACCAAAAUGGACCAUUUGCAUUAUAGACUAAAUUUUGAUCCGGACAAGAAUUUCACCACAGCUUGAAAGAGCAUCACAAAAUUAGUAAUAUUCCGAAGUUAGUAAUAUUCCGUUGCGAAAUGUUGUAAAAUGCGGAUAAUAUAGCCUUGUGAAAUUUGCAAUUUUCAGUCAUUUUAGAUUACAAACGGGAAAUUGGUGUCCCAACACCCGAUUGGGCUGUCAAUUUCCCGUGCGUAAUACAAAAUGACUGAAAAACGGCAACCCUUGCAAGGCUAUAUUAUCCGCAAUUUACAACAUUUCGCAACGAAACUUUGGAAUAUUACUAAUUUUGUGAUGCUCUUUCAAGCUGUGAUGAAAUUUUUGUCUAGACUUGUUUAGAUCAAAAUUUAGUCUAUAAUGCAAAUGGUCCAUUAGUUCUACCAAUUUUCGAGUGACGUUUGUGUUGACAAAAACAUCGUUUGCUUAAACUCACUAUUAGAAUAAGAUAAACAAUCACUCGAACCUUGGGUAUUUGUCUUAAAAAGUUUGAUAUUAAUCUCUUUCAGGUUUUUCCCGAUGUUUUCACUAAACGUGAGCUCAAUGGAUUAUGUUUGCAUUGUACCAACCAAGGCUGUCAUUGGCAUGGCACUUAUGAAGCACUGGAGGUGAGUUGGGGUGGUAAGGAGAGGGGCCGGGAGGAACGAAGGUGAAAAUAUUUUGAGCAAUCUAAGCUUGCCACUGUAGAUUAAGAGUGGGGGAUUUACUUAAUUAAUUAACCAGUUUGCAGCUAGAGUGUGCAAGUGCACGCACCAUUUUUUGUCGCUCCUUGAAUGAGUGAAAUGUCAGUUUAAGGUUGAAAAAAUGCGUUUAUUGCCAGUUAAAUUAGUGUUAUGCGGGCAAACGAAAGCGAAGAUUUAAUGUUCAAGAAGAGGAAAGCACACAGAAAUCCUAAUACCUGUCCAUUUUCACGCGAUGCCCACGACUUAAUUCACGCACGAGAUCUCGUCGAUUUUCCGCCUAGUGGCCCCACGUGUUACUGAUGUUGGGCUUUUUCCUUCUGUUUGAAAACUCGUACAAGAAGGUGCGUGAUUGUUCUCUAUUGUGUUGCGAAUUAAGGUAUUUUCCUCGUCCCUCGCCAAAACCUAACCCUUAAGCCUUAGUUCUCAAGCGCGUGUCCUAUGAGCUAUGUAAACGUCUAAUCGAUAUUAGAGAAAGACAAUCACGAAAAUAAUUACAAUUUACUGAGACGACUGAGUAUCUUUUUAACACAUCUUUUUUCACUUGGGAAAAAAUGCGAACCGCUUUGGGAAUUCUCGUGCAAGUAGAGUUUAAUCUUUUUUUAUCCCAGUUCACUAAUCUGUUGAAUAAAUCCCAGGGUCGGCCGUUGCACGGAGGUAACGAGCCCUACAGACCGUUCGAGAGAAAGUUGUUCACACAGUAGCAAGUAGAAUAAGACAAUUCAACUAAUAAUGGAACCAUUUCUUUGUGACGCAGGGACAUUCUGCUGUCUGUGAACAUGCUUUGAUAAACUGCAUCCAUUCGCAAUGCAGGAUGAAAUUCCAACGCUCUCUUAUGGGUGAACACUUGAAAAGUGAAUGUGAAUAUCGGAAUGUGAAGUGUGACUUUUGUGGGAAAGAUGUCACCUUUUCCUCGAUGAAGGUAAGUAAAAAUAAAGUAACUUUUGAGAACAGUUUGAACAAUCUAGCAAGUCACGUCGUCUUAUGUAAUUAACCUUGAACCUUGUAAUUAUGCUUGAACCAGUACGGUAUACUCAGUUUUACUCGCUGAUCAUCUAGGAACAUGUUGAUACGAUCUGUGAAGGUGCACCAGUGACUUGCAAAUACUGUAAGGAAGAUGUCUUGAGAAAAGACAUUGAAAGACAUGAGAGACGUGAUUGCGACGAGGUUCCGGCGACUUGUGAGUAUUAAGAUGUAGGAUGCAACCACGAUAAGGUAAUACGCGUACUGUGAUGAUAGCAAAUGAGCAGUAAGGAAUGAGUAGUACAAUAAGAUUUACCUCAUUUAACCUGCACCAAUUGCAUCAGAACUCGUCUUCACUAUUCUACUUGGAUGGCCCUUACUGGGGCUCUAGCCAGUCUGGGAUGUAAGUAGUAUAAUUUUAUUUUAACCUUCCUAGGAACGAAACCAUGCGAUUCAUUCAUCCUUGUGAUUGCGUUGUUUUGUGAAAAGAUUAAAGUGCAUUACAAAACCUUGAAUUUUUAACUGCACAACUUUGAUAAUAAUUCCUCUCAGAAAACAUGGAAAAUGAUCUUCUGACGCUUCGAAAUGCAAAACAAAUUUCAGGAGGGGGGGGGGGGCGCAUGCCCAGUCUCCUGCCCCUUAAUGAGCACACCAAUAACAAUUUGCUUACGACCGCACUGCUUAUUAACUACGUUUACACGCUGCGCUUUGUCAUGUACGAUUCGUAUUCUGGCGUAUUAAAACGAGUGCUGCCGACAUAAUUCAGUGCUGUUUUGCUAUUAAAAAGAAAUUUCAAAUGUAGCCAGCUUACGCAUGUUUACUCAAUAACAUACGCCAGAAAACGAAUCAUACACGAUUAAUCGCAGCGUGUAAAAAUAGCUUUACUGGACCUCAAGGAGGAACAGUUUAGAACUGUCAAGUUUUAAUACGGUUGGUAGUUAUAAGAGAUGAGAAAUUGUUUGCUGUUGUUCAUGUAUCUGAUAGUUAAGAUUAAGUUUCAACAAAAUAUGCUUCGAAAGGAUGCACACGUAAAAACGCACAAGUUCUUGCAGGUCUGCAAACAAGGUGCGAGAAAUCUGCUCACAAGUUGUCGACAACUUGUGUUCGCACUGCUUGUUCCCAGUUGUUGGAACAAGUUUGGAACAAGCUUGUAACAAACUUGCUUGAUGGCAUUAUCAGACUUGUUACAAGGUUGUUCUGACAAAUAUAUCUGAUGCAGUCUGCAUGAUAUAACAAUGUUACAAGGUUGACAAUGUUGUUAUAUCAUGACUGUAUCGCACCUAUUGGAACAACCUUGCAACAAACAAAUCUAAUAUCAGCAAAGUUGUUACAAGUUGUCAACAAGUUCUUCCAUAGUUGUUGAUAACUUGAGAGCACAACUUGUUGAGAACCUGUGGGAGCACAACUUGUUGACGGCUUGUUGGUAGACUUGCUAUAAAAUGUGAGCUUUUUACAUGUGUAGAUGAGCAAAUACUCAGCUGCUGAACUGACAAACGCUCAACUGCCCAAUAGUCUUGUAUAAAUUAUUAUUUGCCAUACAUCUUUGAUACAAUUUGUAGGCUUUGAAGCGAAGGGAACUGCGCCAACAUUUGAAUGAUGGAUUGAUAGUCCAUGGUGGACAACUACUGCGCUAUACUCUCGCCGUUGCUUCUCAACUAAACGACUUCAUCCCACGUCCAGAAUAUACAGGAAUGUUGCAGAAAAUCCGAGACGACAUCACUGAGGUUCGCUCUGGCUUGGCUGAGAAAUUCAUCAUGGUUGUUGGAAAGUUAACUGGUUUGGAAAGACGGAUUGAAAGCUUGGAAUCCAAUGGUGGGGGUGAUACAAGGAUCGGAAAUGACAUGCAUGAGCUACAAAGUAAAAUUAGAGACCUUGUUACUGAAUGCGGCAACUUACGUGAACGGAAUAUGAGUUUAGAACGAGAAGUGAGAGAUAAGGUCUCAAUUAUCGAUCGUUUGCGAAGUAGGAUGGAUCAAAUGGAUGAGUCACUUGCUCUGAAUACAGUCAAAAUUACCGAUUUGGAGUCCCAAAGAGGUCCGCGUGCACAACAAGCUAUCCACAGUUGUAAUAGCACUUUACUGUGGAAGAUCGAAGGCUAUCAAAGAAAACGACAAGAUGCUAUUAACGGAGUGAAGACAGCCUUGUAUAGUCCACCUUUCUACAGCGCUCAGUAUGGUUACAAGAUGUGUGCUAAAAUAUAUUUGAAUGGGGAUGGUUUUGGAAAAGGAUCGCAUUUGUCGUUGUUUUUCGUUGUGAUGAGAGGCGAUUACGAUGCUCUUCAAACCUGGCCAUUUCAAAAGAAGAUCACGAUGAUGCUGUUGGAUCAAGGCAAUGAAGAUCACAUGAUUGAUGCGUUUAAUUCGGAUCCUCAAAGUUCAUCUUUCGAACGUCCAAGGUCUGAUAUGAAUGUCGCUUCGGGUUCCCCGCUCUUUAUGCCUCUUGAUAGCUUGAAUAAUCGUCAGUACAUCAAAGAUGAUGUCCUGUUUAUUAAGAUAAUCGUCGACUGA